UGUCUCUCUUGCUGCUAAUGGUAUUUUGCCAUUAUUUGCUAGAUCUUUCUUAUGCCCCUUUCAGCCAUUUCACAAUUUUGGCUAUGAUAGAUUUUCAAAAGUUCUAAAUUCGUGAUACCGUAGUGAUUCAUACAAAAUUUAAUACGACGCUACUGCAAUUUUCAAAAUUUGAAAAAUCAUGCUCAAUCUUAGCAAAAAUCGUGUGUAAAGGGGGAAUUACUAGGUGAUACCAUAAUGGCAUUGUUCUUGCCUCUAAUUGUCAUGGUAUUUUGCCAUUAGUUGCUGGUAUCUUUGUUACUAGUCUGUGACCAUAAUGUUGUUGUUCUUUCCUCUAAUUGAAUAGUAUUUUUCUUGCCACUAGUAUUUUCCUGCCAGUACAAUAUCUUUCUUGCCACUAGCUGCUACUAAAUAUAAUGUUAUUGUUGUAAUACCACUUGCUACUACUGUAAUGAUGAUGACAGUACAGUUAGUAGUUAAACUAAUGUUGUUUUUCUUGCUACUUGUGGAAUCUUUCUUACCAUUUGUAUGUUUAUUACCCCUAGUGUGUGCCGUGAACCGUGGAGAUCUCUUGGUCCCCAGUCCAUUUCCUUGUAUUUCAGCUAGAGGGCUUAAAUGCAAGUUACGAUAGGGUACCGUCUUUUUUGGAUGAGAUGUUUAAGGCGUUGUUUUGUGUGCAUAUGGCCCAAUUUUUCUUUACUUUUUUGUAUCUCUGAAGGACUUUUCAAACGUAUCCAGCGCACCCCUAACACUGCUGCUAAUAUUAUUAUGUACAUUUUAAAGAAUGCAGUACAAUUAAUCUUCAAAAAAGAGUAGAGAGUUGUUUCCUGGUAGGCUGCCCAAUCUCCACCAGAAAGACCAGAAAGACUUUCGUGGGUUAUCCUGGGUGUUUUAAUAAAUCCAUCCAUCCUUUACUACCAAUAGAUGCAAGGUAAGGCUUAAAGCCCUUUUUACAUUUGCAAUCAUUACAAGCUGUCGAUGCUUCUUCAGAACCAAUGGAUCUGUUGGCAACUAACCAAUCAAAACAGCGCCAGGAGUACAUACGUACCAAACAAACACACAUGUUAUUUUGCUAGCCCAGUUCUAUGGUUCAAUGGCAAUCUUCACUCUUUCUCCAUGCAUAGUAGAGUCAUUUUCAUGAGAUCUGUGACUAAUUUUAGGAUACCUUUGUUUCUCGAUGGAUUUGGCAAGAUGGACCAAUUUAGAUAAAAUAUAGCUCCUAUAUACCUCCCAGAUAUUGGGGGAAAGUCCCGUUUGGGGGCGUUUUUCAAAAUGGCCGCCUGUUGAUUUGGACGCUUGUAUCUCGAUAACCACUGGUCAAUUGUUUAAAUAGCAUGCAAAUGAAUACGAUGAAAAGAUGUUGCUUGGAAACAAAUGUGAUAUGGAUGACAAACGAAUGGUGAGCAAGGAGAGGGGUGAAUCGUUUGCACGGGAAAAUGGCAUGAAGUUCAUGGAAACAAGUGCAAAGACAAACAUCAAUGUAGAGACUGCUUUCAUGACAUUGGCAGAAGACAUUCUCAAAAAGUAUCCAGUGUCAGUUUCAGUAUCCAAUAACAUCCAGGCAUUAACCUAUGUUGGCCUCGCCCAAGACAGGAAUAAAGAAAAGAGUAAAUGUUGUUAAUAUGUUCUCCUUCAUCUUCCCUACGUGAUUGAACAUCAGUGAAGCAUCAUCAUUUCUCAGCCUGCGUUGACAUCAACUUCAAUCAAGCACUAUGCUUUUGACAAAGUUGAUUGAUGAAUGCGUUCUCUAACACCGGGGCACCUAUGGACCUGCCUUAGCCAAUAAGAAAACACCUAUUGUAAAUAUAAACAAACCUGUAGUAUCAGCCAAUCAGAAAACACCAUAUGUACAGAUGGAUCAUUCACAAAACACCUCUCAGAACAGACAAACCUGCAUUAUCAGGUACUUUAAAAAAAUAUUUGCAGAAAAACUUCUAGUUUCAGCCAAUCAGAAAAUAUCUCUAUUUACAGACUAAAACAUGCAAUAUCAGCCAAUUAUAAACACUUAUAUGUACAGAUGGACCUGCAGUGUCUACCACUUAGAAACACGCGUUUGUACAGACGGACUUGCCGUAUCAGCCAAUUAUAUUUAUAGAUAGAUCUUUAUUAUCAGCCAAGUCGAGUUGGUGAUACUGCUUUAAAGGAAAUCGCAAAACAUUUUUUUUUAUCGGCCCAUUGUCUCUAGCAAGGAGUACUUGGUGACUUAUUGUUACAGGUACAUUCAUCUAUUAUUACAUGGUGGUAAUGACAUGGCACCAUCAAAAAUGCGUGUUGAAAUGGCAUCAUGAAAACACAAAAUGGGAUGGAAUUAAAGUUGGCUGGUGCUAUGAACAAUAGUGAGUUUUAGUUCCGAGAUGAGUAAUACGGGAUGUAUUGACUUUGUGAGGCAUGCGUGCAAGUGUAAUUAAAUUUAUAAUGUUGAAUUCAUUCAGCUUGGAAUCCAUUGUUGCAGACUGUGCUUUUCUGACCACUAAAAAAACAAGCUCGCACGUCAUCUCAUUUGAUUUAGCUAUCGUGCUUGGGUUGUGUUAUUGUAGUGUUGCAAAUCUAAACAGAACAUUAUCCAUAUUUUUUUGCCUAUUGUUUUGCAAGUUAUGGUUCAUAAAUUCAGAUUCACAAAGAAAGAAAUCUUGAAUUUGAUUUUUGAUUUUAUAAAUAAUGGACCUUUCGAGCGUGGCAAACUUACCUAUUCGAAACAGGGCCAGGAAAUACGCACAUGUUUCACAAACAGACAUGUUGUUCCACAAAUUCACAUUUGUCGUUUUGUGGGACCUUAGCAACAGUAUCCAAGGGGCGGGGCUUAGCGGAAAUGUCCAUUACCAUACGUUGCUAGGAUACGUUUCGUCCCAGAACUAAAACUCGCUAUCGACUGUUGACAUGUCCUCAUGAGCAAUCAUUGGUAGGAAGACACCAUGAGCAACGAAGGUUGAAAUUGCACCAUGAGCAGUUAAUGGUGAUAUGACUUUUGACAUGGCACCAUCAGCAGUGAAUAUUUGACAAAUUAUAUUUGAUAAAUUAUUGUCAACAUGGCCCCAUUUGCAACACAUUUUUGGAGUGACACCAAUUCAAAUUAAUUGGAAAUUUUAAAAAACGUCAACAAUGCACAACAAAUUUAGCUCCAAACUGUCUAUGAAUUCUGACAAA